GCUCCCGUGCGCGCCCACCUCCUCCUGUCUGCUAUCCGCUCCUGCCCCGGUCUGUUCGCUGACUCAGUGCCUUAAGCAGCAUCGCCGUCCACCAGGAGAGACUCCAGCAUCCUCUGCGUAGAAAAAAAAACCCAUCAGCCAUGGCCAAAACAGCAAGCGCAUACAAAGAGAAGAUGAAGGAGCUGUCUGUUCUCUCCCUCAUCUGCUCCUGCUUCUAUCCAGAGACACGCAAAAAUCUCAUCUCUGACUUUGAAGACAUGGAGGUGAAGCCUAUAAACAAGCGAGCCUCGGGACAGGCCUUUGAGGUGAUUCUCAAGCCGCAGUCUCCAGUGUCAGACGUAGCUCACAACCUCCCCUCGCCUCCAAAGAGGGACAUCUCCUUGGAAGACAUUGAGAAAAAGCUGGAAGCUGCUGAAGAACGUAGGAAGUACCAAGAGUCCCAGGUGUUGAGGGCCUUGGCAGAGAAGCGAGAGCAUGAGAGGGAUGUGUUGCUAAAGGCCAUGGAGGAGAACAGCAACUUCAGCAAGAUGGCCGAGGAGAAGCUCCAGAUCAAGAUGGAGCAGAUCAAGGAGAACCGUGACGCCCAUCUGGCGGCCAUGAUUGAACGUCUACAGGAGAAGGAGAAACAUGCGGCUGAGGUACGCAGGAACAAAGAGCUGAGGGAAGAGGUGACGGCAUGAGCCCCACAGAAGCCCUGAUUUCCGUGGUACAUUUGGUUCCUUCCAUCCAGCCCCGUCCUCUUCUUUCCCCUGCCCUCACCGUCUUUCUGUAAACAGACACUCAAGCCUGGAGGCCAAGAGGUCCGCGCACCUCGCCAUCACAUCACGACACGCCCUGCCACCAGUACUCACUAUUAUCAGUAUUAUCAGUGGAUACCAACAUCAAUA